AUGUCCGCUUCCUUACCCCGCCAUUUCGCUGGUAAAGCUUCUCCCAGUGGUGGUGAAUGGCAGACUAUGGAUGGUUGCACUGCUGUGUGCCAUGUGUCUUAUGCUAUGAUGGAUACCGCCUACAUUUACCCUAUCACUCCCUCGUCCCCUGCUGCUGAGCUUGCUGAGCAGUGGUCGGCGCUCGGUGUGAAGAAUGCUUUCGGUGAUGUACCCAAGAUAACUCAAAUGCAGUCUGAAGCCGGUGCUGCUGGUGCUCUCCACGGUGCCUUGGCGGCCGGUUCUUUGGCCACCACGUAUACUGCCAGUCAAGGUCUCCUCCUUAUGGUUCCUAAUAUGUACAAGAUAGCUGGUGAACUCCUCCCCUGUGUUAUGCAUGUGGCCGCACGUGCUGUUGCUGGUCAGGCGUUAUCUAUUUUUGGUGAUCAUCAGGAUGUCAUGGCUGUUCGUCAGACCGGUUUCGCUAUGAUUGACGCCGAUACUGUCCAGGAGUGCCAUGAUAUGGCUCUGGUAUCUCACCUGGCCACUCUCAGAGCCAGAGUGCCUUUUGUCAGUUUCUUCGAUGGGUUCCGUCUCUCUCAUUGCAUUGAGAAGGUCGAUACUUUACCUUACAAUCAGAUGCGACGGAUGAUCGAUAUGAAGGCACUAAAUGCUCAUCGUGCAAGAGCCCUCAAUCCUACUCGCCCUUAUGUCCGCGGUACCAACGAGAAUCCCGAUGUUUAUUUCCAACAGUUCGAGGCUUCCAACGCUUUCUACGAUAAGACUCCUCAAAUUGUGAAGGAGGAGAUGGACCGUGUUGGCGCUGUUACUGGUCGUCACUAUGACCUUUUCCAAUGGACCGGCCCGAAGGAUGCUGAGGCGGCAAUUGUUAUUUUGGGUUCUGGCGCUAGUGUUAUUGAAGAGUCUCUACCUUACCUCAACUCGCAAGGUAAGAAGGUUGGUGUGCUCAAGCCUCGUCUUUACCGUCCCUGGUCUGCUGAAGACUUCCUCAAGACCUUGCCCAAGUCUGUUAAGCGCAUUGCUGUCCUUGAUAGGACUAAGGAACCUGGUGCUCUCGGAGAGCCUCUCUAUUUGGAUGUUGCCAGUACUAUUCAGGAGUCUGGCCGUUCGAACAUCAAGGUGAUCGGUGGCCGUUGGGGUCUCGGACAGAAGGAUUUCACUCCCAAAUGUGUUGCUGCUGUGGCAGACAAUCUUUAUGCUCAAUACCCCAAGGAUCACUUCUCUGUGGGGAUCGAGGAUGAUGUGACUAACAGGUCUCUGCCUCUCAGUGAUGAGAUCAACGUUUCUCAUCCCAAGACCGUUGAAUGUCUCAUCUACGGUUAUGGGUCUGAUGGUACUGUUGGUGCUAACAAGAACGCUACCAAGAUCAUCGGUGAUAAUACUGACCUCUAUGUCCAGGCAUACUUCGCCUAUGGUUCACAGAAGGCUGGUGGGUUGACCGUUUCUCAUUUGAGAUUCGGUCCCGAGCCUAUUAAAUCCUACUAUUCCGUGAGCAAGGCCGACUAUGUCGGGUGUCACAACCCUACUUACUUGGACAUGUAUCGUAUGACUACUCACCUCAAGGACAACGGUACCUUCUGCUUGAACUCGCCCUUCACCACGGUUGAGGAGUGGAACGAGCAUGUACCCGCUGGUGUUCGCAAGUCCCUUGCUGAGAAAAAUGCUAAGGUUUUCAAUGUCGACGCUUUCAAGGUUGCCCAGGAAUGUGGUAUGGGCCGCAUGAUCAAUGUUGUUAUGCAGUCUGCUUUCUUCAAGCUUGCAAACGUGAUGGAUUUCAAGGAGUGUAUCGGUCUGUAUAAGAAUACCAUUAGAAAGAGUUAUGGCCAUCGUGGUGAGGCUGUUGUCCAGAAGAACUAUGAGAUGAUCGACAAGGCUCUUGAUGCAAUUACUGAGAUCAAGGUUCCUGCUGAAUGGAAGAAUCUAUCGGAUAGUAUGCUCAAUUAUGAACAGACUUAUCAUAAUGCUCUCGGUAACUUGGCUAAGGAUAAGAGUGCUAUUAAUAAGCCGAGCUUCACUGAGAAUAUUCAGGCUCCUAUUGCUCUUCUCCAAGGUGAUGAUAUUCCCGUUAGUGCUUUUGCCAACGACGAACUCGUUGGCGGUAAGGUUCCUCUUGGAACCGCCAAGGUCGAGAAGCGUGGCGUUGCCUUGAUGGUCCCCAUCGUUGAUAUGGACAAGUGCACUCAAUGCAAUAUUUGCUCUAUGUCGUGUCCUCACGCUUGCAUCAGACCCUUCUUGUUGUCCCAAGCUGAGGAUGAUGCCAAGCCGAGUACCUUCGAUACUCGUAAAGCCAAGGGUGGUGCCGAAGUUGCCGGUCUCCACUACAGGAUCCAGGUCUCGCCCUUGGAUUGCACUGGCUGUGAGGUAUGCGUGCAUGCAUGCCCCUAUGAUGCUUUGAGAAUGGAGCACUUAGCUGACUUCAGAGAGAUCGAGGCGCCAAACUGGGAGUAUGCUGUAAGCCUCCCUGAUCGAUCUUCAAGGUUCGAUAAUACCACCCUCAAGGGCAGUCAGUUCUACCAACCUUUGCUCGAGUUCCAUGGUGCUUGUGCUGGCUGUGGUGAAACCCCCUAUGUUCGCCUUCUUACCCAGAUGUUCGGUGACCGCAUGAUGAUUGCUAAUGCUACGGGUUGCUCCAGUAUUUGGGGUGCUCCUUACGGUUCUACUCCUUUCGCUGCGAGGCAUGAUGGGACUGGUCCCGCCUGGGCCAACAGUCUUUUCGAAGACGCUGCAGAAUAUGGUAUGGGUAUGGCUGUGACCACCUCUGUCCGUCGUAAGGCGCUCAAGGCUCGUGUACAGGAACUUCUUCUCGAAGGAAAGGAUAGUCCGCUCUCGCCUGAGUUGUACACUCAGUUGAACGAGUGGGUUGAGAACUUCAGGAAUCCUUCUGUGUGCGCCGCUCUUUCCAAGUCUCUCCCGCCUCUUCUCAAGGCCGAAGCCAGUAAGGAUCCUGCUAUUCAGGAGAUUCUUGAUGUGUCCGAUUUGAUUCCUAAGAUCUCUAACUGGAUCAUCGGUGGUGAUGGUUGGGGUUAUGAUAUCGGUUAUGGUGGACUCGAUCACGUCAUUGCUUCCGGCCAGGACUUGAACGUUUUAGUUUUGGAUACUGAGGCUUAUUCAAACACUGGUGGUCAGAAGUCCAAGGCUACUCCCAUUGGUGCGGUUGCCAAGUUCGCGACCAAGGGUCACGAAGUCGAGAAGAAGAAUUUGGCUGAAAUGGCUAUGGAUUAUGGCACUGUGUACGUUGCCAGCGUUUCCAUGGGUGCCAAUUAUGAUCAGACCUUGAAGGCUUUCUCCGAGGCCGAGGAUUAUGAUGGUUGCUCUGUUAUCGUGGCUUAUGCACCCUGCAUUGAGCACAAGAAUCUCGAUGGUAUGACUCGUACUAUGCAGCAUCAGGCGACCGUUGCUGCUUCCGGCUACUUCCCGAUCUAUCGUUAUAACCCGAUGUUGAAGAGGAUGGGCAAGAACCCCUUCGUUCUUGAUACCAAGAAGCUCACCAUGGGUGUUGAUGCUGUCCUCGACAACGAGAUGCGUUUCGGUGCUUUGAAGAAGCGUGAUGCCGAUCUGUACAAGAAGUACAGCUCUGAGCUUGAUGCUUGGGUCCGUGAACGUUACAGCAAGUACCAGAGAUGGGCUGCUUUGGGUCAGGAAGAUAUCUCUAAUGGUGUUCCGCUGACUCUUCUGUACGGCACCGAGACCGGUACUACCGAGGCCUUGGCUUAUCGUGUUGCUGAACUGGCCCGUCAGCGUGGUUACGCUGUGAAGGUCAUGGAGUGCGAUGAGAUGGACGUGAGUGAGCUCCCUGAAAACAAGAACCUUAUGGUUCUUUGCGCUACUACUGGUGAGGGUACCACUCCUAGGACUGCCCUUCACUUCACUGCGCAGUUGCAGCUUGCUGGUAAGGACAACUCCAAUGCUCAUCUGUUGGACGGUGUCCAAUACGGUGUCUUUGCUUUGGGUGACUCCAGUUAUCAUCACUUCUGCACUGCUGCCAAGAGAAUUGACGAUAUCUUCGCUCAGAUGGGCGGUCAAAGGACAGUUGCCAUUGGUCUCGGUAACGAUCAGGAUGAGGACAAGUAUGAGACUGCCUUUGAGGAUUGGAUGCCGAGUUAUUGGAAGUCUGUGAAUGCUCCUGAGCCUGUUGAUGACGGGUCCAUUCCCGACUCUCAGUUCGAGGUUCGUGAGCUUGACUCUGAUGAAGUC